GUUGUCAGCCAGGAACGGGACGGGGCAGUCUCCCACUCCAUUUCUACAGCUAUCGGCCUGCACUAUCCCUCCUGUAUGGUGGAUAUUAUAUUCAAUUCUUCUUUCUUGGGUGAUAUGGGGGAUCAUUCCAAAAAGAAGUCUGGAAUCGCAAUGUGUGUGGGCUGUGGGAGUCAGAUCCACGACCAGUACAUCCUGCGGGUCGCCCCGGACCUGGAGUGGCAUGCUGCGUGUCUGAAGUGCMCGGAAUGCAGUCAGUACCUGGAUGAGACGUGCACUUGCUUCGUCCGAGAUGGCAAGACAUACUGCAAAAGAGAUUAUGUAAGAUUAUUUGGGAUUAAAUGUGCAAAAUGUAACAUUGGCUUCUGCAGCAGUGAUCUGGUGAUGAGAGCUCGUGACAACGUUUACCACAUGGAGUGUUUUAGGUGCUCGAUGUGCAGCCGGCAUCUCGUGCCGGGGGAUGAGUUCUCUCUGCGGGACGAGGAGCUGUUGUGUCGGGCUGAUCACGGUUUACUUCUGGAACGGGCCUCAGCGGGAAGCCCCAUUAGUCCGGGAAAUAUUCUCUCCAGGUCUUUUCAUAUUACUGAUCCUGUGUCAGUUCGACAGCCUCCUCAUCGGAACCACGUCCACAAGCAGUCAGAGAAAACCACUCGGGUGCGAACAGUAUUAAACGAGAAGCAGCUCCAUACUCUUCGGACCUGUUACAAUGCCAACCCAAGACCAGACGCACUUAUGAAAGAACAAUUGGUCGAGAUGACCGGACUUAGCCCAAGGGUCAUCAGAGUUUGGUUCCAGAACAAACGUUGUAAAGACAAGAAGAGAUCGAUAUUCAUGAAGCAACUUCAACAACAGCAUCACAGCGAUAAAACGAAUCUUCAGGGGCUGACGGGUACGCCUCUGGUGGCAGGCAGUCCAAUUCGACACGACAACACGGUCCAAGGGAACCCAGUAGAGGUGCAGACUUACCAGCCCCCAUGGAAGGCCCUGAGCGAGUUCGCCUUACAGAGUGAUCUGGACCAGCCCGCCUUCCAGCAGUUGGUGUCUUUUUCUGAAUCGGGCUCCAUGGGUAACUCCUCCGGCAGUGAUGUGACCUCCUUGUCGUCGCAGUUGCCGGACACCCCGAACAGCAUGGUAGCGAGUCCGGUGGACACGUGAGACCAGCCCAACAGGUCGCUUCGAACCCCAGCAUGCUCCCGCGUGUCCUGCAUGAGAACUGGCCAGCUCACAGCAUGGAUAGGAAACUUAUUUUAUCUUAUUUAACGAACAAUAACGUUGGAAUUGUCUACGAGGAUACCAAUUUUUCACGGAUGGACCUGUCCACAGCAUUGUUCAGGAUCAGAUGAAUUUCAAGGUACCAGUGUGCGAACCAAGGCCUAUAACUACAGCAGAGUCUGAGCCUCGGAUCCUACAUGGUUGGACAUACGUGAGGAUUAUAUCUACAAACAUUCAACUUUAUUAUGAGCCGCUAACUUAUAAUGAACAUAUCAGAACGUUAUCCAUAGUGGCCAACACGGCCAUCAUUGUAGUUUCAUCUAAAUUUCCUUUGCUGGGUUGGGAUCAUAUGGAGCCCCAUGUCUCUGUAUAGAUGUGCAUGAUUUCUAGAGAUUAUGAAUAUCAAGUCUUGUAAAAUAUUGUAAUUAAGUGGAUGAGAUACAAAUUGUUUGAGCCUUUUAAGAAAAAUUAAGUUAUUGUUAUUUAUUGUGAGGAAAGACAGGUAAUCUUAAUAAACCCAUAUUAAUUGUUUCAUAUUUAAUGAACUGCAUGCGAAAUCUCUGCAGUAAUUCAUUAAAAUAUUCACCGAAAUUUCAAUUGACAAAAUAAAUCACUUUAUGUAUUUAUGAAACGGCUAUUUCAGCACUUUAUGGUAGGUUUAGGCCUAAUUUAAAUUAUGUCGCUUUUGGGAUGAAAAACGUCUGCGAUUUAUAAUAGGCCAAUAUAAUCUCAAAUUAAUUUCGAACCACUCAAAAGAAAUCACUGAUUUGAUGUCAGUUUAGAGGACACUAUUUCCGGAAAUGGCUAGGGUUGUUAGACCAAACCAAUUUGUAGGCUUGUCAUUUUAAUUGUAUUGGCUAUUCAAAAUGGAUAAAGGAGCAGCAUCAUAUUCGGGUCAAAUUCAAGCAUUUGAGGCCUGCUAAUCACUACGGAGAACAAUUUGUUUAUUGAAUGGGCCUCCACAUAUGGAUUUGCGAUGUGAUCAUUCCAGUUUCACUUGUAAAGUCACAAGUCUAGACAGAAGACAGGGCUAGGCGGCUCCUUAUCUAUGCUUGGCAUCACCUGCAAACGAUACAUUGAACGGAACCACAACAAACCCACCUCUCUGUCGCUGGAGUCAGUGCUAAAGGGGACUCUCACCCUGAGAACGCUUUCUGGAGUGUCUUGGGUUUAUUUUCAUUUCAGCCGGAAUCCCGGAUAGGAAUAGCCUCUGGACAUGGAGUACGUCAAGCUUGCCUACGACUGACAUAUAGCCAACUAGACAUCAACAAUUUAUUGUCGAGGAUGAACUUUCUGAACAGAGGAUGCAAUAGCAGUCUAAUCUAUUUAUCACGACAUGAAACGGCAAUUGAAAGAAACAUAGUAGGUCUCUCUGUGACGUCUGGCAUCAAAUCAAAAAGCCAUUAGGUCUAUACUCUAUCUUGCUAUGUCAAUUAUGUCAAUAAUUGCUAUGCAUCCAGUAGCCUACUGACCAAUAAAUCCAGGUUUCCUGCCAUUAUACUCCACCUAAUUAUUCGUCUGGAAAUAUUUCAUUAUCGUGGAUAAAAACUCAGAUAUUUUAGAAACAAAGCAUAUAACGUGUUUGAGAUACAGGCCUAAUCAAAUUAAUCGCAAUUUAAACCUUAUUUAGGCCUAAUACACAUUCAUAAUUCACUUGACAUGUUUUGCGUAUUUAUGUAUUUAUUUGCGUAUAAAAGGCAAUGUCUAGAAUAAAGUUUAAAAAAAGGAGUCACACAGAAAAUAACUUCCCUUUUAUCAGAUAAUUAUACAGGUAGUUUACAAAUCUACAUCCCACAAUCAUCCAUUUAAAUAGGCUAGCUGUAUCUGAUACUAUGCGCGAAUUGAAUGUGAGGCUGGGCUGCUGAUACACAUCAUUAGCCCAAACAAAAGCAUCAUUAAUCCACUGUUGCGCCACCGAAGCGCCCUGAGCGGCGGAAUGAAAAUAGAUAGCCUACUGUAAUUUCCUCCUAAAGCAUUUCAGGACUUCACCCUACCGAUAACAAAUUAUUGGAAUUUAUUGGACACAUUUCCCAUACUAAAGUCACCAGUUGUCCUAAACUCUGGACUCAAAUAUAAUAUGCUGUGUAAUUAAUUAGGCUACGCUACAGGUUGAUGCAUACACAAUUGGGGUGUACUUCUUAAGGUAACUCCCAACGGUAAAUUGAGACCCGACCGAGUCAUUUUUUUAUUUUUAUUCACAAGUCCCCCUGAUGUGAGGCCCGCAAGCAAUUGACUAAAUGGUAAGUCUGCCACUGACCGUAGUAGCUAGCGCUUGCAGGUGAAUUUCAGAACUUUGCCUGAGAGCAUAAGUUUACCACAGAAUGCAAAGUGCAUGAGUAAUGUUUUUGAGAGUUUUACAGAUUUACUAUCCCUUAAUAUGAGAGACCUCUUCAGUUGAGAUAAAAGUUGAAGAGAUGCUUGGCAUGUAAGAAAUGCUCAACAGCAGUGAGAAUAUACCCUGCCCUGUACAGGCUUGCACACAAACACUGAAAAUAAUUAUUAAAUUGUGCAUUGUUUA